UGAAUGGUUUUUUGUUUUUCCUCUGCACCCCAACAAAAUGAACCCUAGCCGAUCUGAACUUCCGCCGCUUGAUAUGCAUCAUGGAGUUUGCCCACUUUCUUCCUAGAGUUCAUAUUCAAUUUCUAACGGCAAUUUGGGAUCUUCCAGCACAAAUCGAGGGCUCAAUGGGAAGGUGGUCUAUGUGGGUUGCUCCCACUAUCGUCAUGCCUGCGAUUAAUCCGAAAAAUGAUGCCACUCCGAUUUCCCCUUCCCGCGUCCAUCAUUUGUCAGCAGGUUUGAGCCUCUUUAUAUAUUGAUCUUCGUACUCAGAUGAAGAAACAACUAAUGCCUUAAAUUCCCAGGUCUCAAGUCCAUCACACAGUUGCACCAUGAAUUUCAAUCGCCUGGCUGAGUUGUCUACACAAAAAUGCUUCUGGGCGUUGCAGUGUCGUGUCUCACGAAAAUGGAUGGUCCAUAAUGCCAAAACGGAUGCUCUGAUGGGAUUGGAUAUGGUUCUGAUUGAUUCAAAGGUAAUCUCAUUAGCUGCUUCUCCAAUCAUUAGUCUGAAAUCAUAAAUGCAUCUUAUUUACCGUUAACCAUAUCACAGGGGGAUGACAUCUGGGUUUGCAUUCCAAAAAACUUGAUCGACAAGUUCAACGAACAAUUGCAAGUCUAGAAGUUCUACAUCUUCAAGGGCUUCAAGGUCCAAUUCACAGCUGGUGAAUUCCGUCCGGUCACAAACAAGCUCUUCAUCGAAUUUCAGUCUGGAACUAAAGUGGAGCCAUGCGAGUCUCUUCCUCAAUUUUCUGCAUACAAAUUCAGGUUUAUCUAGAACGAGGAGAUACUUCCAAACCUUGGCCAGAAAAUCUUCUUAUUUGGUAAGUAUCUUACAAUUAUCACCACUUAGAUUCUUACUUUACGAUUCAACCAUGUUUCUUUAUUUCUAAGAUACUCUUGUGUACAUUGAUUAGAUGCUGUUGGCGAACUAUUGGUUGUCUCUCCACCUAUAAAAGGCAACUCGCAGACUAGGAAAACUGUUCGAAGGGAACUCAGUCUAACCCUCCAUGAGUAAUGACUCUAUCUAUUUCAUAUCUAUUUUCAUCUGUGACCACUUCCUAAAUGCAAAUUUUAUUGGCUUCAUUGCCCAGUGGAACAAAUAUGAAGGUUAUUGUGUGGGGAAGGGUCGGCUCCAAACUAGAGGAUUUUAUUCCUGCGACACCGACCGCUCCAGUUAUACUGGUCAUCACUUCUGUUUGGGUCAUCGACUGGAAUGGUAAUGUGUUCAUAGUACAAAACUUGUGAGUUUGAUAUCUGUCUAAACAUAUUUUUGCUCCUUGCUCAUAUAGAAGUUGAUUUUUUUUUUUUGGUAAUAGGUGAACCUGCACUAUCAACUACAACAGCCACUUUAGUCCAUUCAAAUUUGGACAUACCUAAAGUAGCUGUCAUUCAGGGGGAGGUAUUCAUGUUAAAAUCCAAGUUUUAAUAUUUCUUAACAUACUGAUUCACUUCUUCUUUACAUAAUAGUUUCUGUUUUGUUUGCAUUUAUAUUUUAUAGAAAUCCAAAUGCCGAUGUGCCCAUUUUGUUUCAAGAGGAACAACAGGUCAUACCAGCAAUUGAGCUGAGUGGUUUGACUUCGAUGAAAUUUAUUGAAGACAAUCUCAACAAAGUGUUCUAUGUCAAAUGCAUGAUCACAAAAGUGAAUGAGGAAUGGUUUUAUCUUGGCUGCCCUGUUUGUCCCUCCAAACUUCAUGCAGAUGGGGAUCACCAAUUCUGCCUCAAAUGCUCAAAAGUAAUGACAGCAACGGCUAAAAGGUUCAAGAUUGGGGUUUCUGUUCAAGAUCCCUCUGGGGAAGGAAAGUUUGUCAUAUUAGAUCAUGCGGGUUUUGGGUAUUUCGAUAAAACUGCUGAACAACUCUAUUUCGAGUCUUCUGACAAGGAACAAAUUCUCCCUACGAGCCUCCUACAACUCGAAGGCUUGCAUUUGACUUUUCUCAUCAAGAUUACUGAGUACAACUACUCCAAGGAAUCAAAAUAUUUCACUGUUGUUGAAAUACAGAAAGAAAAAAUCAAAGAUGACAACUCUGCUUCUACCAAGGAAGAGACAAACACAUUGAAGAGAGUUAAUUCAUCUUCCCAAUCUUUAAUAACAACGACUACAGCCUCGCCUCCAUCACAACAAGAUUCAGCUGUCAUCACUACUGAUGCUGCUGAUUUUGUUGGGACCAAUGUGGACUCUUCUGUGCAGGAGAUUGAUGCGGCACAAAAUGAUGGGACCAAUCCAGGAACUUCUACCACUAACUCCAAAAGGAAGUUUGCCGCUCUGAGUGAUGUGGAGGAUAACUAAUAGUGUUGGUUUUGUCAACUGUUGGGAAGUUGUUUCAGUUUAGUGAUGGGGAUUAGAAUUAAUAGUGUUGGUUUUGUGAAUUGUUGGGGAGUUGUUUCAGUUUUUACUUACUCCUAGACAAUUACUGUUUGUUUCUAUUAUUGGAUUUUAUGACACUUACUCCUACAAGGGUCACUUUGAGCCAAUUGCUUUUAAUUUUUCUUGAAAACUACUUUAUUUCUAUUAUUGGAUUUUAUUCCUGGGGAAUGCUACAACCUACUUUGGUAGCUUUCUUAGUUUACAUCUCUACCAUUACCUUUGUUUUUGGGAUUGUUAUUUUCCCACUUUGUUGCGUCCUAAAUUACUUUAGGGAAAUACAAGUGAUUGUGUUUG